AUUAACAAUUAUCUUCCAAUGCUACGUAUUUUCCAUGAUUUUUCGUAGUGUUAUCAGCGUCUUAAAUUUAGAUUUAAAAACUUGGAAUUAUGUACAUUGACGCGCUCUCACUUAAUUUUCAGAGAAGCGCCUUUCAUUGUCUGCGUGUAAAUCAACAAUGGUAUCUUCCAUAUUUUCCGCGAGAAUCAUGAAAAGUGGGCGGAGAAUACAGGUGCGACAUAGGUGUCAUUUGUAUCAGUGUACCAUUAAUUAAUCGAUUAUUAUCACAUAUUGUUACUACAUAGAUGAGUAGCAUAAGAUAAAACGAUGUGUAUUAGCGGACAAUAUGUCAUAUUUCCCGUUUGAGAUAAUAGUUUGAUAUGUUUACAAGGUGGCUGUUUGACUUAGACUUUUUAUCGUCUGCAAGAAAACCAAUACAUUGACAGGUGUGUCAUGUUUUUCUGUAAAACAGGGAAAAUUGAUAUAUGAAUUAGGAAGGAGAAACAGUGUCAUUCAUGUGCAAAAGGUCAUUAAUGAGAAAUUAUAAUAUAUAGAUCUAGUAUAUAUUUAUAAACCAUUAUAUACUAACAAAAGUGUGUUUUUUUCCUACCUUGAAAUGGAGGAUUCUAGCUCUUCAAGUUCUUAUAGUUUCAGUGAUAAUUCAGUGGACAUGGAAAAUAGUACUUUGUGCAUGUGCACUAAAAUCACAUACAACCAGAGUCCGCCAAGCUUACCAGCGGACACUCAAGACUUUACACCUGAACACAGGACCUGUCAUCGACCUCUAGAUAGGUCACACUCGGAUCCGGCCAUAAGAAUCUCCGAGAGAGAAGAGCAAGAGAGUACAGGACUUGAACCUAAUUGUGAUCUCUUUGGAAUUCAACUUGAGGUGACAUACCAUCUGCUAGAAGCUGAGAAACGCAAGUUAUAUGUUUUGCAGAGAGAACUUGGCCACAUCCUUAAUAUAAAGAAAAAUGUACAAGAGGAGACACUGAAGAGAAAUGUUGAACACAUUCAGUUACAGUAUGACCACCUUGAGGAAGAGUACAGAUGUGCAGUCGCUGGAGCCCUCCGCAGGAAAGCUAAGAGUAAACCUGCUCCAAGAAGUCAACCAGCAAUUGGACUUAAGCAGACACCAAAGACUAGA